AUGGAUCAAAAAGCAGCAUCUCCAGAAAGGACUCAGAAUCCACUGGCAUGUAAUACUCUACUUUCUACUCGUCGGUACGCAUUCCCCAGCUCUUCGCCUAUAGUCACAACGCCUUCCGAAGAAGAGAACGAUGUGGAAACCAGUUCCACUCUGGUCAGUGAAACCAGUGAGGACCCGCUGAGCUCAGACAUCAAGGCGAAAAUGAAGGAGAGAGGCGAAAGAGCUCCCAAGCAGGCCUGGAGCAGCCCAUUUAUGGAAAGUCAAAUGGCGAAAAGGCCCACUCGACCACACUCGGCCGAUCUUGUGUACCUGGAGGCAGCAGGCAGGCACAUUCAUACACAUCCCCGACUUCCAGAGCGGUCCUCCAGCAACUCAGAGAAAGACUCUAUUCUUCGUGCGCGCACACGAAGGCCCUUCACAGCCUCCAGCCUCCGCAGAGAGGACCUGGAAGCCCUGGUGCUGCGGAUGCCCAGCGCCUUGGGGAGCUCCUGGGAGCCACGGCCGAAGCAGAGGACGGCCAUCUGGGGAGGCGCUCUGGCCAAAGGGCUCCCGAGCCAGGCCGGUACCCAGAGCCACGGAGGUGCAGUUACCACGGCACCAGAGAUGCUCCCCAAGCAUCCCCGUCUCCCAGGGAAAAGGGGACCCAGGGCGGACACCCCCCUCCAGGGCGGCGUGACAGGCGCGUCCAUUCUUCAGCCCGUCCCCGCUGGCACACACGUCUCCUCGGAGAGGUUAAGAAAGGUUUCCUCCGCUCCCCCCGCCCGCCCACCCGGGCGUUACCAUAAGGCUUGUUCACAGACCCCUCCUUGGCCCAGGGUGAAUGCUCCCUUGCACUGA